AUGACAAAGCCUGCAAACUUUGGUCAGAAUGGAGACAACGAGGGCACUGAGGUAGCCAAAACCACUGUGCAAAGUGCUAGGUUUGAGAUCAAGAAGUUUGUUGGGACCAAUAACUUCACUAUGUGGCAGUGCAAGGUUAAGGAUGUGCUUAUACAACAAGGUCUACCUGUUGUGCUUGGAGAUAUGCAUGUGUCGAUGAAGAAGGAGGAAUGGAAACGACUAAAUGCCCAUGCAUGUUCAUCAAUUCGUUUGUGUCUUGGCAAGGCACAAAAAUAUGGUGUGAUGAAUAUUUCAUCAACAAAGGACCUAUGGAAUACUUUGGAGUCUAAGUAUUUGAAGAAGAGUGUUGAAAACAGGCUUUACCUUAAAAAAACUAUCAAGGAUGAAGACAAAGCUUUGAUCUUGAUGGAUUCUUUGCCUGAAUCCUAUGAAUCAUUCGUUAUGAUGUGGAUUUAUGGCAGAGAAACAAACAAGUUUGAUGAGAUCUCAAGUGUUGUGAUGAACCAUGAGGUAAGGAAUCUUGAUAGAAAAGAGAGGAACAAUUCUGAAGCUUUAAUGGUGAAAGGAAGAUCAAAGGAGAGAAAAUAUUCCAAUAGGAAGAACAGCAAGUCUCCAGCUGGUAACAUGGAUUACAUGAAUGAAUGGGUGCUUGACAUUGGCUGCACUCAUCAUAUGACUUCUCAAAGUCAUUGGUUCUCAACCUUUAAAACAAUGACUGGAAUUGUAUACAUGAGUGAUGAUAAUCCGUGUUCAACACAAGGAAUUAGCAGUGUUAUGAUCAAGCACCAUGAUGGUGUAAUUCAAGAGCUACAUGGAGUGAGGUAUGUCCCAAACCUAAAGAAAAAUUUGAUUUCUUUAGGCACCCUUGAAUUACAAGGUUACAAAUUUUAUUAUGAGAAUAACAUACUUAAGGUAGCUAGAGGGGCAUUAGUGAUGAUCAAAGCUCCUAGAAGAGGAUUGCUCUAUUUUUGGGAGGGCAAGAGUAUGGAAAAACAGGUGGCUAUGGCGGCAGAUGAUGAUCAAAUUGACUCAUCUUCUCUAUGGCAUAUGAGGUUGGGGCAUGUAGGAAACAAAGCUCUACAAGGAUUGAUUAAACAAGGAGUUCUAAAGGGUGCCAAGAGUGGCAAAGUAGAAUUUUGUGAACACUACGUUCUUGGCAAGCAAACAAAUGUGAAAUUUGGCACUGCAAUACAUCAAACUGAGGGAAUAUUGGAUUAUGUACACUCUGAUGUAUAG